AUGUAUCUUACUACAUUCCCCGCCUCCCUGCGUCACGUGUUCGGCCCCUCUCCCUCCCGUCCCGCCCUUUUCCCGCCGCCCCGGAAGCGGAAGUUCCCCUCAGGCCGCGUUUCCGGCGGGGAACGCCGCGGCGCGGGAGGAGGAGGAGGAGGAGGAGGCGGCGGAGAUCAGGAAGGCUCGGGGCGAGUCCCGGCGAAGGGGGCGGAUCCCAGGGGAGGCCGAGGGUCCCGGGAGGGGGCCGCUGGCCCCGCACGGGCCCCCCUGAUGGCGCUGAGCCUGGACCGCGAGGCCUUCUCGCGGCGUUUGCGGCGGCUCUACGCCAGCUGGCAGAAAGGGGAGGAUGAGUUCGGGGGCGUGGACGCCAUCGUGGUGGCCGUGGGGGUGGACGAGGAGAUCGUCUACGCCAAGUCCACGGCGCUGCAGACGUGGCUCUUUGGCUACGAGCUGACCGACACGGUGAUGCUGUUCUGCGAGGAGCGCGCGCUGUUCCUGGCCAGCCGCAAGAAGGUCGAGUUCCUCAAGCAGGUGGCCCAGGGCAAGGGCGGCGAGGGGGCCACCAACGGGCUGCCGGCGGUGACACUGCUCGUCCGGGAGAAGAACGAGAGCAACAAGGCCAACUUUGAGAAGCUGCUGGAGGCGCUGCGCGGCAGCCGGGGCGGGCGGCGCCUCGGCGUCUUCGCCAAGGACAAGUUCCCCGGCGAGUUCAUGAAGAGCUGGAACGACGCCCUCAGCAAGGAGGGCUUCGAGAAGGUGGACGUCAGCGCGGCGGUGGCGCAGGCCAUGGCGGCCAAGGAGGAGGGCGAGCUGCAGCUGAUGCGCAAGGCGGCCGCCAUCACCUCCGAGGUCUUCACCAAGUUCUUCAAGGAGCGCGUCAUGGAGAUCGUCGACGCCGACGAG